CCGCCCCCGCCCCCGCCCCUCCCCCCUACCCGGAGCAGACGAAACCUUGUGCCGAGAUUUGCUGAUCUCCGUCAGGUUCAUUUGAGACGAGGCAAUGGGAUGAUGAACCGUCGGCAGUUUCUGAAUCUGGUUGUUUGGAGCUGGAGCGACCGCCUUUACUCGCUGCGCCGCAUCGACCCCUCCAAGAAUCUCUUCUACGAGUCAACACAGCAAGCUCAGAAAGCCGCCUCUGCAGAGAAAAGAAAGAAAUUUGACAAGACAUUUCGGAGCCUGCCUGACCCCAUCGCCAGCUUCGAUCCGUCCCCCACCGGCGUCGUCAACAGCGGCCUCGAGUGGUUCGAGCUGUUCGCCCCCCGCAGCAGCGAGAGCAGGAUCGUGAACUCCAAUAAGGCCGGCGAGAUAACCAUGUUCGACGCCGACAAGCGCCUCAUCCUCGCCUUGCCAAAUCUAUACCAGCCUAAGGGGCACGACGCGGUUGUUAUCUCGGUCACCCACCCUAGCGCCGACGAGGACUCCCUCUACAUCAUGGACAGGCACCCUGGCCGUGCCGUCACUCGACCUCGUUUACCUGCUGGUUCCGACCACCCUCGUUCCUGCUUCGAAGUCCUCGAGUACAAGCGCAGUAAUUUGACAGACAGCCAUAAGGGCUGGCAUUGGCGCCUUCUUCCACCGCCUCCGUUUGUCCACCUACCUGGGUUCCAGCCCUCCUCCCUUGUUACCUCCUACACCACCAUGGACACUGUAGACGGCUUCUCUUCCAUUUGUAUAUCAUCUGACAAGGGUUUCGGCACCUAUUGCUUUGAUACAGCAUGCCUUGACCCCAGCCGUUCUUUAGGAUGGCGAAACUUGGACGAAUGGAGGCACGUUGGGGACUGGGCUCUGCCGUUUGAAGGCAGAGCAGAGUUUGUCCGCGAGUUCGACAUAUGGUUGGGCUUCAAGGCCGCGACUCUACCCUGCAGGCUCAACCACCUGUGUGCUGUGGACCUCUCUGCCAUGGACCAUGGCCGAGAACCCAUUGUGCAGCACGUCUGGGAACAUCUUGCCCUGCCCGAGGAAAAGCAACCGGCGCGGCUGUGUCCUAUGCAUCAGAGGCUGGUGAACCUCGGGAGUGGCAGGUUUUGCAUCGCCAAGGUUUUUAAUGACCUUGAAGAUGGCACUUAUUUUGCUGUGCUCACUGGUGUAGAGUUGCUCCGCAACGAACAAGACCAGAGUCUCCAGAUUCUCAAGCACAAGUGUGUGCGUUACAUUUCCAAUACUGAAAGGAUAAGAUGGGUGCUUUGAGCAAUCGUAACAAUUUGGUAUAUGCUCCUUCGUUUCUCCUCUCCUGCAUGCAGUAGAUUCAUGUAUUGGUACUGUUUUCUUCAGUUUGUAAGACAUCUACUAUUGCAUUGUAGCAGCAGGAAGAUGAUUGAAUAAUUAAGUUUGGUUUAUGUAUUUGUCGUUUACAAGCU